AUGGACUGCGUGGGGCCACAUGGAGGAGGAACUGAGGAGGGAGCAGGGACAAAAGAAACAGUAUUGGUGAAGGAAUCAGUGAUAUUUAAGGAUGUGGCUAUAGACUUCACCCUGGAAGAGUGGAGACUGGUGGACCCUACACAGAGGAAGCUACACAAGAAUGUGAUGCUGGAGAGUUACAAGAAUCUGCUCUCCCUGGGGCUUGUAGUUUCUAAACCAGACAUGAUAUCUCAUUUGGAAAAUGGGAAACAUCCAUGGGCAGUGGUGAGAGAAAUUUCAAGAGCUUCCUAUGGAGACUUGAAGACCAAAUCUGCAACUAAGGAUGCUAUACUAUCAGAGAAUAUUUUUGAAAAAGAUUUAUCACAGAAGAUCAUUGUAAAGAAACUGGCAGAGAAUGGCCUGUGGGACUCCAGAAUGGGAAGGUUUGGGAAAUGGAAUGAGAGGAUAUUAAAACUACAGAAUAUUCAGAGGAGUCAUCUGAGCCACACCCUGAUAACACAGAAGAAAACCCUUGCUGCUCAAAGGGGCUUGAGACUUGGAUCUGCUCUUUCUCCAGAGCCAGGAAUUGUCACAGAAAAACCUGGCAGAAAAUGCCAAAUACAUGAGAAAAAAUUGACAGAGAAAUUAGAUUUGAUUACAGAUACCCAUUUGGGGAAGAUAAUUUACAGGGAUACAAAAGGCAACAAAACCAUAAGGCAGACUUCAGAAUUUAUUUUGAAAAAAAAAUCCAGUACUAAAGAAAAACCCUAUAACUGUAGCGCAUGUGAGAAGGCCUUUUGUUAUAAAUCACUAUUCAUUCAACAUCAGAGAAUUCACACUAAAGAAAAACCUUAUGAAUGUAAUGAAUGUGGGAGAAAUGUUCAGCCAGCCCUCAUAUCUCAGUCAACAUUAAAAAAAAUCCACACUGGGGGAAAACCCUAUAAAUGUGACGAAUGUGGAAAAGUCUUCAUUGUUUCUUCAUCACUUCUGGUAUAUCAAAGGAUUCAUACUAAGGAGAAACCUUGCCAGUGUAAUGUCUGUGGGAAACCCUUUAGCCAAUGUGUCUGCCUUAAUCAACCUCAAAGAAUUCAGACUGGAGAGAAAGCCUGUAAAUGCAUCCAAUGUGGGAAAGCAUUUAGUGAUAAAUCAAAACUUGCACGACAUCAGGAAACUCACAAUGGUGAGAAGCCCUACAUGAAAGCCUUCAGAAAUAAAUCCUCUUAGAAAACCCACACUGAGGCGAAACCAUACAAAGGCAAUGAGUGUGGAAAAUCUUUCAAGAAUACCACAAUUUUUAAUGUUCAUCAAAGAAUCCAUACUAGAGAGAAACCCUUUAGAUGUAAUGAAUGUGGGAAAACCUAUAAUAGCAAUACAAGACUUGUUGUACAUAUCAGAACUCGGGGGCGGGGACCAUAUGAAUGUAAUAAAUGUGGGAAAGCUUCCGGCUGUAUAGCAAAUCUCAUAGAGCAUCAAAGAAUCCAUGCAGGAGAGAAACCUUAUAAAUGCGAUGAAUGUGGAAAAACAUUUAUCAGCUAUUCACUCCUUACUGUCCACCACCGAAUGCACACAGGAGAGAAACCCUAUAAAUACAGUGAAUGUGGGAAGGCCUCCGUGCGCUCUCCACCUCUCAUCAUACAUCAGCGCGUUCACACUGAAGAAAAGCCUUACCUGUGUAAUGAAUGUGGGGAGUCUUUCAGGGUAAAAUUCCACUUAACUGUACAUCAGAGGACUCAUACCUGGGAGAAGCCAUAUAAAUGUACUGACUGUGAGAGAGCAUUCACCAAAAUGGAGCAUCGGAAAAUUCAUAGUGGCGUGAAACCAUAUGGGUGUUAUGAUUGUGGAAAGUCCUUCAGGACCAAGUCAUACCUUAUUGUGCAUCAAAGAACCCACACCGGAGAAAAGCCGCAUAAAUGUAGGGAAUGUGAUAAAGCAUCCACUAAUACAUCACAGCUAACUGUGUAUCGGGGAAGGCAUACUGGAGAGAAACCCGAUAAAUGUAAUGAAUGUGGGAAAGUUUUCACAAGUAACUCAGGAUUUAAUUCCCAUCAGCGAACACAUACUGGAGAGAAACCAUUCAAGUAUAACGACUGUGGGAAAGCAUUUAGCCAGAUGGUGCAGGUCACAGAACAUCAGAAGAUCCAGAGUGGAGAAAAGCCCUAUAAAUGUGAUGUGUGUGGGAAAGCCUUCAGGAGGGGUUUGUACCUUACAGUGCACUGGAGAACACAUACUGGAGAAAAGCCGGAUGCCUGUAAGGAAUGCGGGAAAGGUUGUAUUGCUCUGUCACAGCUAACUCUGCAUCAGAGAAUUCAUACUGGGGAAAGGCCCUGUAAAUGUGAAGAAUGUGGAAAGGCCUUUAGAACUAACUCAGACUUCACUGUGCACCUGAGAACGCAUACUGAAGAAAAACCCUAUAAGUGUAAUGACUGUGGGAAAGCCUUCGGGAGUGGCUCAAGACUUACUGUACAUCAAAAAAUACAUCAGAGAGGAACUCAACUAAUGUAG